GUGUCCCCUCUGCCCCAGCACGGAGAGCAGGGGGUCUGUGCAACACUCGCAGGGAUCUCUACCAUCUUGGGCAAGUUUCACGGUGUGCAGGUUGUCGUGGGUGGGUCCUGCUUCUCCUUCUGUCCUGCAGGGUCCUAGCUGAACUAGAGGAUGUUGGGGCUGCUUGCUACCAGUUCUGGGGCAGAUGCAGCUGGGGUAACCCACGAGAACAGGGAUGGAUGAGGGAAAUGACGAGGAAGCCAUCUGUCCCUGUCCUGGGUCUGUCACCACCAUGGGCAGAGGAGGUAGGGAGCCCAGCUUCUGCUCUUGCCUCUGGCAUCCCCUGUGCUGUGUGACCUUGAGGAUAUUCUUGCCUUCUCUGAGGUUUGACCUCCCUGCUUCUCUGGAAACUGAGUUCGCGGGCCGUUGGUUAUCUAUAAGACUCUGUUUUGGGCUAGUGGGUACACAAUUGGACGGGGCCAGGCUAGGACCCUAAGAGGGUCAUAAGAGCUAUCAGCUCAGCAGAUGUCUGUCCUGUGCCAGCCCUGUGGCUGCACGUUCCAUCUGAGACAGUCAGACCAAAUGAUGACAGAACACUGGUGUUGUUCUGGAGGAAAAAUUAAGACCCAGAGAAGGAAACAGCCUAAUCAAGAGCAUGCAUAUGAGUGUGUGUGUCUUAACACUUAAAAAUUAUAUUUAGUUAGUUAGUACGGGGAAGAGGUGAGGGUCUGGAGGUCAGAGGAUGACUUCUGGGACCUGGGGAUCGAACCUAGGUUGUCAGUCUUGGUGGCAAGCACCUUUACCUGCUGAGCCAUCUCGCUGGCCUUGUAUUUAAUUUCUUGAAACAGGGUCUCUCUGUAUAGCCCAGUCUGUCCCCCAACCCACCCUCCUCCUGCCUCUGCCUCCCCAGUUGUUGGUAUUACAGGUACCACCACACCUGGCUCCAGAGUUGCGCCUUAAAACCAGAUCCCAGCCCAGGUGCUGGCUCUUUCUGGCUCUCUCGUGUGGCUCUCACAGGCAUGUCCUUGCACAUGCAUGAUUCUCUCAUAUAAUUUCCGCAUGUGGCUCACCCAUGGUAGGGUACAGGAAGUUUAUUUAUUUGGCUCUUUGAGACAAGGUCUUAAUCUGUAGCCCACUCUCUCUGGCCUCCAACUCAAAAUCCUCAGUUUGGAUCAUAGGCCUCACCCAGUCAAGGAAAUAUAUAUAUGUCAUUAUCAUUAUCGUCAUCUUCAUCAUCACCAUUCUUGGUGCUGGAGACAGAACCCAGGGGCUUGUGCGUGCUAAGCAAACUCUUUACCACAGAUCUAUACAGCUAAGCAAACGUUCAUGGGGCCUUUGACAUGCACGUCAUGUAUGACCCUCACAGAAUGUCUGUCUUACCCACGCGCUAUCUCCCUGUGUGGCUGACACUGAGGUGGUAGCUGCCUGACCAAGGGUCUUAUCCAUCCCCUGCCCCCAGAUGCCCAGCCAUGCAUGGGGUGUCAUUUAGCAAACAAACAUUCACCAAGUGCUAGGCUCAAGCAUCUCUGGGAUGAAUCACCUGCAGCUGACCAUGGAGGGUGGGGCACCUCUCCGGUGAGGGUGAGGCAGAGCUGGGCCCUGGUCAACAGUGAUGACAAUGGGUAAUCAGCAUUGCUAUUAAUAAUUAAUACUCGGAUUGAUCACCUGGCAUUGGAACCCGGUAGCUUUGGGGUUGUUCUCCGUCAAGCCAGACUCCGGGUCUAGCCAGCCCCUGGCUUCCCUCAGUUUCCUCAGAGACCGCUGCUUUCCCUGACUUCGCUACUGUGUAUCCACCAUCUGCAAGAGGGGAGUUUCUUUGCUAAAUUCACAGCAAGGGGGUGAGGAGCCUUGAAUACUUGAGGAGGCUGGCGCAGGAGAACCAGCCACCAGGGUCUUCUACCCCCCAUCCCUUCAUAUUGACUGUCAGCUCUGCCCACCAGUGUGGGACAAUCCUACGUUCCCAAGACAGAGCCCCAGGCUCUGACUUGACUUCUUCGCACUCCUGUGACUUCCUUCCCCGAGGCUUCAGAUACUAUCCGCAGACAGCAGCUGCUAUACACGAAGCAGGAAGCUGCCUGUGGGAGAUCCAGAGUCACGGGCUCAAAAUCCUGCCCUGCUUUUACCCGCUGAGUGACCCUGAGCAAGCCACGUUACCUCUUCGAGCCUCAUUCUCCCCAUCUACAAAAUGGGGUAAUGGUACAACACAGCGGUACCCACUGAGGAGAGUCAGUCAGUUGCUAGCAGAGAUUCUAGUGGCCCCAUCAGGGCUCAGUACACCCAGGGACCUGGUGAGGUUUGGGAAAACCCAAACAGGAGAAUGAGAGAAUGAAUCGGUGAUGUUUCGCGGGUGGGGGAAGAUGCUGUCUUGGACGGGCCAGAAAGGCCCUGAUUGGCAGCUUAGGAUGCUGGUCUGCCCCCUACCGCCAGUCCGCCACUGGAGACCUCCGCCACUGCGGCUUCUCGGACUUUCGGAGAGUACCCUGCGGUUGCCUGAGAUGCCUCUGCUGCCCAAGAAGCCCUGGGAGUCCCAGGCCAAGGGGCUGGUGCUGGGAGCCCUCUGUACCAGCUUCCUGUUGCUGCUCUACUCCUACGUGGCACCCCCGCUGCACCCCAACAUGGCCUUCACGACCUCAGAGACCGCAGCGCCCUGCUCCCCUGCUCCCAGUGAGCCAGGGACGGCCACUCCGGUCAACGGCUCUGCCGGAGGGUGCCAACCUCGGCGAGACAUCGUGUUCAUGAAGACGCACAAGACCGCCAGCAGCACGCUGCUCAACAUCCUCUUCCGCUUCGGCCAGAAGCAUGGGCUCAAGUUCGCCUUCCCCAAUGGCCGCAACGACUUCCACUACCCGUCCUUCUUCGCACGCAGCCUGGUGCAGGACUACCGGCCGGGGGCGUGCUUCAACAUCAUCUGCAACCACAUGCGCUUCCACUACGAAGAGGUGCGCGGGCUGGUGCGGCCGGGCGCCGCCUUCAUCACGGUCAUCCGCGACCCGGCGCGUCUCUUCGAGUCCUCCUUCCAUUAUUUUGGGUCUGUGGUGCCGCUCACCUGGAAGCUGUCGAGCCGCGACAAGCUGGCAGAGUUCCUGCAGGACCCUGAUCGCUACUACGACCCGAGUGGCUACAACGCGCACUACCUCCGCAACCUACUCUUCUUCGACCUGGGCUACGACAGCGGCCUGGACCCGGGCAGCCCGCGCGUGCAGGAGCACAUCCUGGAGGUGGAGCGCCGCUUCCACCUGGUGCUGCUGCAGGAGUACUUCGACGAGUCCCUGGUGCUGCUCCGGGAGCUGCUGUGCUGGGACCUGGAGGACGUGCUGUACUUCAAGCUCAACGCGCGGCGCGACUCGCCGGUGCCGCGGCUCUCGGGUGAGCUGUACCGCCGUGCCACCGCCUGGAACCUGCUGGACGCGCGCCUCUACCACCACUUCAACGCCAGCUUCUGGCGAAAGGUGGAGGCCUUCGGGCGCGAGCGCAUGGUGCGCGAGGUGGCCGAGCUGCGCCAAGCCAACGAGCGCAUGCGCCGCAUCUGCAUCGAUGGCGGCCAAGCAGUGGACGCCGAGGCCAUCCAGGACUCGGCCAUGCAGCCCUGGCAGCCCCUGGGCGUCAAGUCCAUCCUGGGUUACAACCUCAAGAAGAGCAUCGGGCCGCAUCACGAGCAGCUCUGCCGGCGCAUGCUCACGCCCGAGAUCCAGUACCUGUCUGACCUCGGAGCCAAUCUCUGGGUCACCAAGCUCUGGAAGUUCCUUAGGGACUGCCUAAGGUGGUGACGUUCCCCGCCCAUCUUCCCGUCUGGCUCCCUGCUGCAGAAGGGCCGGCCAGGGAGCCUCUGGCACCCAGCCUUCCCCAGCCAUGCCCGGUGCCACCCUGGGGUCCCCUGGGGUUAUUAGCUGGCCAGGAUUGGUCUUUCUGCACAAGGGAGAGCCUAACCGAGAAGUAUUUGACUAAUUAUGCCAUUUUUUAAAAAUUAAAUCUCCUUUAUUUCCAGUCUCCUCUUACAAGGGGAGACUCAGAAGUAAAGGAAUUUUAUGUGUUUUUGUUAA